AUCCACUUCUCCCCAUCUGCAGCGCGCCUGGCUCUCUCCGUCGCGAGUUGCGCCCUGCUGCGCCAUGGCCAGCUUCCAGGCGCUGAAGCAGCAGCGCGCGCGACGCGGCGCCGGAGCGGCAAGCGCCGGACAGGCUCGAGCUGCGCCAGCGCCAGCCGCUACGCCAGCGCCAGCCGAUGCAGCACCACAGCCUGCUUGCGCCAGCGAGGAGGCACCAGUCGCUGCGCAGGAGCUGGUUGCUGAGCCAGAUGCGCCAGAAGCAGCGAGCACACAGGCCUUUGAGAGUGCUGCGACGAUGGCCCAGCUGCCUGCUUGCGGGUCGCGCGCCGAGUCGACAUCGUACCGGCUGAGGGGCGAGCUCGAGGUCAGACGCACGGAGGCGUCAGGCCGCAGUAUCUGGUGGGCUCCCACAUCGGUAAAGAGCGCGACAGCAGGCACGACCCUGCUCGCCGUCUCGCCCCACGUCGCUGUCCUCUCUUCCGCCCAUCUCGACUCGCGCUGCGCGCUUUGCUUCAAGACAGCCGAUGAAGCGAUCGAGGCGCUGCCGCACACUGCCUCGGGCAGCAGCUCGCCGCGUCUGCAGCGCUGCAGCGGCUGUCGCACCCUCCACUACUGCUCGGCCGCCUGCCAGCGCGCCGACUGGCCGCUGCAUCGGCAAGAGUGCGCGGCUCUCGUCGCCUAUGCCGCCUCGGCCGCCAGCAGCGCAAAAGGCCAGACGCAGCGCGUUGCAUCAGAGCCGGGCACAAGCGUUCGUGCUUUGGCCCGGCUGCUAUGGGCUGGUCAGAAGAAGGGUGCAGACUGGAUGGAGCCGGUCCACAACAUGCAGAGCAAUCGUGGCAAGAUGGACUCGCAGCAGCUCGAGCCCCUGGGCACGAUAGCUGCCCGGCUCGCCUUCUUCAUGGGUGUGACGCUGCGUCCAGACGCGGAGCCAGAUGAGGAACGCAGCAGCGCUGCCAGAGCCAGGCUGGCCGCGCUCGGUCUCGCCAGCUCGGCCCAGCUACUCGACUUUGUGUGCCAAUACGCCACAAACUCGUUCACUGCAGCCUCGAGCGAUCUAUCGCCGCUGGGCGUCGCAGUGGCGCCAGAAGCUGCCCUGCUCAACCACAGCUGCGUGCCAAACGCCUGCGUCGUCUUUCCGUUCGGCCCCGGCGCGCGGGAGGGCUCGCUGCGGGUGGUGGCGAUCCGUGAGAUCAAGCCUGGCGAAGAGAUUCUCACCUCGUACGUCGACCUUUCGGACUGCUACGCAAAGCGCCGCCAGACGCUGGCCGAGCGCUAUCUGUUCGCCUGCAGCUGCGCGAUGUGCAAGCACGCUCGCCGACGUGCGCCGCCAAAGGCUGGUCGUGCCGCGUGGCUAGACCCGCGCGAGGCUCAGUGGUGCUCGCGAGCCUGCGGCGGCUGGAUUGCAAGCCCGUUGACGGGCGACGAGACGGCCGCGCCUGUUAGUGCGUCGUGCAGCAAGUGCGGUGCCCCACGUGCGCAGCCCGACACGUCUGCGCAGGCACGCCAAUCUGGCGAGCAGGCCCUUGAGCGAGCGGAACGAUUUCUGGACACGAAUGAGCCCGAAGCUGCUUGGCAGACGCUGCAGCGCUCGAUCCGCGUCCUCUCGGCCGUGAUGCCGCCGUCGGGCUAUCCCUUGCUGGCCCUCAUGCGCUGCGCGCAGACGGCCCUCAUCGAGCUGGCGGGCAGCUCGGACGCAUCGGAGGAGAAGCUCGACGAGGCAACGCGACUUGGCCUCGCCAUCUGCGCCGGGAUGCAGGCCGCAGGCGGAGCAGUCUUCUGCGCAGCGCACCCGGCCCGCGCCGUCGCGAUGGCGACGCUGGGCAAGCUGCUCAUCGCAGAUGCGCAGGGCGACGGCAGUCAGGCGCAGCACAGCUGCCUGGCCAGUCCCCCGCGGCUUCCGCAGGCCGGCAUGGAGCGCGCACUUGCGGGCCGCGCGAUGCUGGUGCAGGCGCACGAGGAGCUGCUGGGUGCGUUCGGACGCGACACGCAGGGCGGCGCCGUCGGUGCCACGGUGCGCAGCGCGCUGCAGAGCCUGGACGCCGAGCUGUCGCUUCUUGCGGCCAGAUGAUGCGACGCAAAGCAAAGCAAUUUCGACUUCACCUCUCGCGGUAGAGCGCCGCGCCAGCUCUGGCCUCACGAGGCACAAUCGACGUUGCAUGCAAAGCCCUCCAUUGCUACGCGAGCAUCACAGCUUCGCCUUGCCCUGUCCCUUCUCGCUCGCCUCUUUCCGCGCCACGCGCUCCUCCUCUUCGCGUGCCUCGGCGUCCGUGACGAGUUGCAUGCCCGUCUCUUUCUCGAGCGAUCUCAGCGCCGGGAGGGAAGAACGAGGGAAGACAC